ACCAGGAGACGUUCCCUGUGACGUCUGCACUGGAACCAAAGUGAAGGCCCUCAAGUCCUGCCUGGUGUGUCUGGCCUCCUACUGUGAGACUCACCUGGAGCCUCAUCUGACAGCUUCACGCCUGAAGAGACAUCCGCUGAUGGACCCUGUGGAGAACCUGGAAGGCAGGAUGUGUACGAAGCACGAUAAACCUCUGGAGCUGUUCUGUAAGAACGACCAGAUGUGUGUCUGCAUGCUCUGCACUGUUUUAGAUCACAAGAUGCAUGAUGUUGUUCUUCUGGAAGAAGAAUAUGAAGAAAAAAAGGUUGAGCUGAAGACGACAGAUGCUGAAAUUCAGCAGAUGGUCCAGAAGAGAAGACUGAAGAUCCAGGAGAUCAAACACCUGAUGGACCUCAGUGAGGAAGAUGCAGGCAGAGAGAAAGCAGAAGGUGUUCAGGUCUUCACUGAUCUGAUGGAUUCUGUUGGAAGAGGCUUGAAGGAGCUCCUCAAAACAAUAGAAGAGAAGCAGGAAACCACAAAGAAACAGGCUGAAGCUUUCAUCAGAGAGCUGGACCAGGAAAUCUCUGAGCUGAUGAAGAGGAGCGCUGAGGUGGAGCAGCUCUCUCUGUCUGAAGACCACCUCCAUCUUCUCCAGUCCUUAAACAUCCAUCGGCCUCCACCCACCAAGGACUGGACAGAGGUCCGUGUUUUUCCUUCAUAUGAGGGGACUGUGGUGAGAGCUGUGUCUCAGCUGGAGGAGACACUCAGUGAAAAGAUGAAGAAGGUGCUUGAAGCUCAGCUGAAGAGGGUCCAGAUGUUUGCAGUGGAUGUGACUCUUGAUCCUGAAACAGCUCAUCCUUAUCUCAUCCUGUCUGAUGAUGGGAAACAAGUGAAAGACAGUGAUGUCUGGAAGAAUCUCCCAAAAAACCCAAAGAGAUUUUCUAACGGGUUCUGUGUUGUAACAAAGCAGAGUUUCUCUUCAGGCAGAUUCUACUUUGAGGUUCAGGUUGAAGGAAAGACUGAGUGGUUUUUAGGAGUGAUCAGAGAGUCUGUCAACAGGAAGAAACUCAUUUCACUGAGUCCUCAGAAUGGUUACUGGAUCAUACGUUUGAUUAAUGGAAAUAAAUACAAAGCCUCUGAUGAUCCUCCAGUUGAUCUCUCUGUGAAGUCUGGUCUUCAGAAGGUGGGGGUGUUUGUGGACUAUGAGGAGGGUGUGGUCUCAUUUUACGACGUAGAAGCUGCAGCUCUCAUCUACUCCUUCACUGACUGCUCCUUCACUGAGAAACUCUUUCCCUUCUUCUGUCCUGGUUUUGAUAACGAUGGUAUAAACUCUGCUCCUCUGAUCAUCUCUCCUGUCGCAGUAAACUAAUCAUUCUCUGCUUUCAUGUUA